AUGGCACGAGCAUCCGCACCGCAAGCAUUUUAUUGCCUGUGGCAAAACGACACAAUCCGCGAGAAGCUCUUCGAGGAAUUAUCCAAGGAGGACAUCUGCAAUGUGCGAGUCGCCUCUUCAGCAUGUUGCAACCUCGUUACCAAGCGGCUGUUCUUACGAACCCACCUGACCUUCAGCGCCAACACCUUCACCCGACAAUCCAGAAUCCAGGCGUUGUCGCGGAUAGGGCACCACAUUGAACACUUGACCUUCUACCUCCCACACUCCGACGCCACGUUCCUACCUCCGCUCGUUCACCCCGAGACUGGGCGUGAGAUCAGCUUUCUAUAUACCCCCCACACCUCAAUGGCAUCAGUUCUGGCCAGGCCGAAGUUCUCCAAUACUGAACUGGGCGAUAUCCUCACGCAGCAGUACCCACCCAUGUUUCAUGCGGCUUCCAACGUGCCUUCUUUCAUUAAUGCGAUGAAGCACUUGCCCAACAUGAGACACCUCACCAUAAAGACGCCGGGCCAGAAUGCCAAGGAGAGAUACCGGCGGGACAUUGUCGACUAUGCUUUGAUCAGCCUCAGGAUAUCACUGGAGCGAGCGCCGCUGAAAAAGCUGACCAAACUCUCUCUGUCGUCAGUGCAUCCGUCGGCCUUCAUAUACCUGCGCCAUGUACCCGGCUUCGGCUGCAUGCCUUCGGCGGGCCGCCGGUGGCAACAGAUUCGCAAGCUGAACAUCUCAGUGGAGUCGUGGGAUUUCUACGGCCCCUCGCCCGGCCUCGAUCACUUGAAGGUGAUCGAUGAUUAUAUCAGAACGUUCUCGACCUGCCUGGAGAAGUUCACUUUCGCUUGGCUGGGUCGCAAAGGCCCAUGUCCAGUAUCGCUUGCAGCCGAUCCGCUGUUUGCGCCACCACGCAGCUCAAGGAAGCUGUUCAAUGAGGUGACGUCGCCCAUGUCGCCGCUCCCACCAGCACCGUCCCGGAAACCCAUCAUGUUCCGGAAGCUGAAGUAUUUAUCGGUGCGGAAUGCGACUAUGAACGCGCCGCAGGUUGCUGAGUUGGUGGCGGACCAUCAGCACUGCGUCCGCGAGUUCGACUUUGAGAAUGUCAUUCUCAUCAACAACGGCAGUUGGGAUGAGGCGCUGGCUCCAUUGAUGAACAACCCGUCUCGCAGCGAUCAUUGGUCACGCCAUUCUACGGGCAGCAUAUCCGAAGUUGGAAGUGUUCGUCCAGUCCAUUAUUCGCCUUCGCAAGAGGAUGCUUUGCCUUCAUCCCCGUCCGCAGCAGUGGAAGUCGCAUCGCAGGAGCUGUUUGAACUUGACAUAAUCAAUGGCGAAGAGUACGACGAAGGGUACGGUGAAGAUAGCUUCGCGGUGGGGACUACCGAGCCUCGGUAUGAAGAUGUCGAAGAGCUCGCAUCCGAUCUUGAGGCCGCUCGGCAAGCCAGUCUUUGCCCUUCGACAAAGAUGAAGAAGCGUCGCAUCACUAAGCGUCGCCGCAAGAGGAGACACCACAGCCGCGAUGCCGAUGAUGAGCGCGAGCACGAGCAACGCCACGAGAAAUGCCAGGAGUCCCAGAUGGGGACUAUAAACAAGACUAAAACGGGGAUGAUGUCGAUGAUGGACAUCUCGGCCCCGAUCCUCGACACCAAACCCUCGAUGCCGAUUAUUGUACUACAGCCAGCGGUUUAUGAUCCCACCGCAGAGCUAUGCAGCGAGAUCACGGCCGUGCAGCGCGAUAUCGAGGCGGAGGAAAAGCAGCGCAUGCUUGCUGAGGAUGUGGCGAUGCGGACCUCGGCGUUGAAGAAGGCCAAGGAGGCUGUGUUGAGUAAAUUAUCGGAGCAGUUCCAUGGGGCCAAGAAGAUGUCGAAGGGGUUCGGCAAUAAUAGCACGAACAACAAAACCAAUCAUCAUCAUGGGAAAGAUAUGACCAAUGCCGUGUCGGCGGGCAUGGCGAUGCGGAUGCGGUUCCAUGAGGGUUUGUUCGGGAGGAGCAAUACGCCAGUUGUGAGUACGGGGACGAUGCAGACGAGUAUGGAUGUGCCUAUCCUGUUCAGUCCGGCGUGA